UUCAUGGGAAGGGUAGAGAAGAGCAAUGGCGGUUGCAGGAAGACCACCAGCAGUUUAAGGAGGAGUUGUGCGGAAUGAGUGGUGAUGUCACAUGGUGCAGGGAGCAAAUGGAUAGGCUAGACAAGAGAGUGGAAUGCGUGGAGAAACUUUGUGUCACCGGGCCUGAGGUUGCUGAACCUGAAGUGGUUGCUGUUGCUCUGCUACAUCGUAAUGCUCCAACAUCUGGGCCCCUGUCUCCCAGAGUUCAGGGUAGCUCUGUGGUUCCCAUUAGGAAGAAACCACAGGAAUUCGAUGGCAAAGUGUCUUGGGAGGCCUACCGAAUCCAGUUUGAGAUGCUGGCUGACCAGAACGGUUGGGACGAGGGGCAAAGUGCCGUUCAGCUUGCCACCAGCUUGAAGGGUCCUGCACUGGAGGUGCUGGGCCGGCUGUCAGAAGUAGACAGGGGCCAUUACUCGGCGCUGGUAGAAGUCCCCCAGAAGAAAUAUGGCGCUAUGUACCAGAGUGAAACGUACAGGGCACGCUUCCGCACCCGUGUCAGGGCUAGAGGGGAACCCCUACAGCAGCUUGCCCAGGACUUGGAGGGCAUGGUGCAUAAAGCCUACCCUACAGCUGCCCCCGAUCUCUUGUCUCUUCUUUUGAAAGAGCAAUUUAUAGAUGCUCUUGAGAGCACAAACCUCAAGGUCCAAGUAAAGCAGACACGGCCAGGUACGAUGCAGGAAGCGCUAGCAAGCGUCCUGGAAUUCGAGUCGUACAUAAAAUCUAGCACUGGAAAUUUCCGAGUGAGUGGCGGCUCUGGAUUCCAAGCAAAGAGAGGAAAGAUCCACGGUGUUGACAGACUUGGAGAUAGCCAUGAACCUUGUGAAAGGGACAAGGAGACGACUGGUGUGUGUUGCUGGCACUGUGGGAGACCUGGACACAAGUGGCAGGACUGCUACAGCUUGAAGAGAGAGAGAGAAAACAGGACAGUAGAGCAGGGUCUGCUUUUAAGGGCAAGUGCUGGAGAUGUGGAAAAAGGGGGCACAUGAAGUAUGACUGCCCAACAGGAACUACAGAAAGUAAAGAGAGUCGGAAAACUAAGAGGAGCUGGUGUUAAGGGGCAACCGCCAGCCAGACACUCCAAACAGGCCUCACACUCAAGACGGCGUGCAUAGUCUGGGAUCGACAGCAUACGAGUGGAUGGAAGAAUUAACGGCCGGACGUGCUCCCUUGUGGUUGACUCAGCCUCGGGACAGACCUUUGUGAGACUCGAUGUGUUGCAGCAUCUAUACCUGCCAGAGUCAUCGCAGCAGUUGUGCGGUGUUACCGGACCUUGUACUGAGCUGAGGGGGCCAGUUAAGGUCCAGAUCGAUGUUGCUGGACUAGAAGUUGUGCUUCCUGCCUAUGUGGUGGAGAUGGAAGACCAGUGCAUUUUGGGGUUGGAUUAUUUGACGUCAAAUGCUUGUCAGCUGGACUUGGGUUCCAUGAAACUUUCGGUGCAGGGAAGACCAGUCUCUGUUAAGGUGGUAGAGUGGACUGCGCCUGGUAGCAAGAUGAGAGCGCUACGGAUGACAGUGAUACCACCAAGAUCAGAAAAACUGCUCCAGUGUUGUGUGAGCGAUCCGCUUGAUGGCUUUUUGGGCUGGUGGAGCCUGACAGACGAUGCAAAAUGAAAGCUGGAGUGACUAUCGGGCGAACCCUGGUGGAGGCAGGAGCUGAUGAAGUGCUGGUGGUGGCAGCCAACUGCUCGAGAGUGGCACAGAAGAUUUGUAAAGGACAAAUCGUGGAACUGUGCCAGGCAGUAGACCGGCGGCAGGGUCAGUUGCGUAACUGCAGGGGGGUAGUCUGCCUGUGCAGUUACAAGAUCUGUUCGCACGGAGUCGCCAGUGCUUAGAUGGUGUUGAGGUUGAGGAUGCUACUGGCGAAGUAUGCUGAUGUGUUCUCUGCAGGGGAUCUAGACCUCGGUUGCACGGACCUGGUGGAGCACCACAUCGACACGGGCAGCCAGCUCAGAGGAUGGCCCCAGUUCAGCAACAGGAAAUGGAAGAAGUGAUGGAGGAAUACCGACGACAGGGAGUAGUGGAAAGAUCGAACAGCCCACGGUCGUCAGCCAUUGUUUUAGUGCGGAAGAAAGACGGCACAGUGAGAUGCUGCAUGGACUACCGAGCGCUCAAUGAAGUGACGGUCAAGGAUGCGUAUCCUUUGCUGAGGAUCGACGACCCGCUUGAUGCUUUAGCGGGGGCUCGGUGGUUCUCUACCUUGGACAUGAAGGCCGGAUACCAUCAAAUCAAGGUUGCCGAGAAAGAUAGGGAGAAGACCACAUUUUCGUAUGGACGGGGUUUGUGGCAGUUCAGUGUGAUGCCGUUCGACUUGUUUCGAGCGUCUGAUGGGAGUACUGGAGGGCCUACACUGGCAGGCCGCCCUCAUCUAUCUUGAAGAUGUCAUAGUGUUUGGCUGAACUUUUGAUCAAGAGCUGGAGAGGUAUUCGAGAGGCUUCGAACUGCAAACCUCAAGUUAAAUCCAAAGAAGUGAGAUACUUGGGACAUAUUGUAGGUGAAGACAGUGUCCGUACUGACCCAGAGAAGGUGACUGCCGUGAAGGAUUGGCCGGUCCCUGCUUGUGUGAAGGAGUUCAGGAGUUUCCUCGGACUGUGCACCUAUUAUAGGCGCUUUGUGAAGGACUUUGCUACAGUGGCUGCACCGUUGCACAAACUACUGGGGAAGAGCCAAAAGUUUGAGUGGACUGCCAUAACACAGUGUGCUUUUGAUGAACUCAAGCAGGCGCUGUUGAGUUCCCCCGUGUUGCUGUACCCGGACCUAAGCAGGUCUUUCAUACUGGACUGUGACGCCAGUAGCCACGGUAUUGGAAGAGGAAGGUAAAACAAGGAAUAUGUGGUGGCAUAUUACAGUAAAAAGCUUAAUCAACCUGAGCGAAACUACUGUGUAACCCGUAAGGAGCUUUUGGCGGUGAUAAAGAGUGUCGACUUUUUCCAUCCAUACCUGUACGGUUCCCACUUUACCAUCAGAACGGACCAUGUGGCACUCAAGUGGUUGAAGACACUGCAGAACCUGGAGGGACAAUUAGCACACUGGCUAGGGAAACUGGACCAACACGACUAUGAAGUACAGCACCGUCUGGGGCGGGUACAUGGCAAUGCUGACAGUUUGAGCUGUCGCCCUUGUGAAUCGGACUGCAAGCAUUGUGCAAGAAGAGAACACAGUAGCAGGUGCAAACAUACUACAGUGACUGGAUACAUGUCAACUGGAGAGGUACGGAAGAGACAGAUGGAAGAUGCCGACUUAGGGCCAGUGGUAUCCAGGUCCAGCCCUGAAACUAAGAGCUAUUGGGGCCAGUGGGACCUUCUUCGUCUGAACGACGGGUUGCUUGAGAGGCGCUGGGAGACACCCGAUGGCCUCAAUAAGUAUUGGCAGUUGGUGAUACCCAAGAAGAUGAGACCUGAGCUGCUGGAGGAAGCUCACAACCAAAUUACGAGUGGACAUCUGGGGGUCAAGAAAACGCUGAAUCGGCUGCGGCACAGAUUCUAUUGGACGGGCAUGCGUCAGGACGUUCAGGACUGGUGUCGAUCUCGUGAUGUAUGCUGCGCCAAGAAGGGAUCAAGGAGGUGGGGGUGUGCCCCUCUGCAGUUAUACCAGGUUGGUGUGCUCAUGGAAAGGAUAGCGGUGGAUAUUGCUGGACCGUUACCACUCACGGAAAGAGGCAAUAGGUACAUAUGUGUGGCCACGGACUAUUUCACAAAAUGGCCUGAGGCAUAUGCCAUCCGUGAUCAGGAGGCCACAUCUGUUGCGCAAGCGUUGGUAAAUCAGUUCUUCUGUCGGUUCGGUGUGCCCCAGGAGUUGCAUUCCGAUCAAGGUAGGAACUUUGAAUCAGCUGUGUUCCAGGAGUGUUGGGGAUUAAGAAGACCAAAACGACCCCAAUGAGACCACAGUCGGACGGGAUGGUGGAGAGGUUUAACUGGACACUAGGGAAACAUUGUGUAGAAGGACAGUUGGAAUGGGAUUUGAAGCUACCUGCGCUAUUGCUCGCUUAUUGUUCGGCGACACAUGUAACUACCGGCUAUACACCUGCAAAGCUGAUGUUGGGCCAUGAAGUAAGGCUCCCAGUUGAUCUGUUGAUGGGAAGACCUCUGGGACAGGAGCUACCUAGGGAAACCUCCAGAUACAUGAAACAUCUGCAGGAGAGGCUGACUGAGGUACACCAGCAAGUUAGAGAGGCUCUGAAAUUUUUGGGUGAGGUGAUGAAGUGUCGGCAUGACACCAGGGCUAGUGAGAUCAAGUUCAAGGAGGGUGAUGAGGUGUGGUUUCAUAACCCCUGGCGGAAGAGAGGGCAGUCUCCGAAGCUGCAGAGUCCUUGGGAGGAGCCUUACACGGUGAUGAAUCGCCUGUCCGAUGUGACAUACCGGAUUCAAGGAGGCAGGAGGUCUUCUCCAAAAAUUGUGCAUGCGAACUGUCUGUGGAAAUGCCAUGGGUCUGGCCAGUUCAGCUGGAGCACGCCUUCAGAGGUUGGGCUCACCUGUUGAGAAGGUCGUCUGGAGAUACGACUGUAGUGUGCUUUUGUUGGGACGACAAAAAACCUAGGGAGGGGGUAGUGUUACGGACGCAAGGAAAAUGUAAAAGAACAAAAAACCAUAAUGCCCCUUGUUCCAUUAGUUGGAAUCGAACCGGCGCUCCAGUUGUUCACGAUAUUUCUCUUCUUCUAGCUGCUACCCGCUAUAAAUACAGAUAGCAUUAAGUUAAGGAGUCAGUGAGUGGGAGAGAGACUGGACGAGAAGCAGCCACGAUGACAGAGAGAGAUGACAACGAGCGGCCGGGCAAGUUGUCGUGGUGGGAGUUUGUGAAGUUAAAAUUGUUGCGGACGCAAAUUAAGAAACGAAUGUUUUUUUCUGUAGAUUUUAAAUUCUAAUGUUUAAAUGUAAAAGUCUAAAAAAAAGAAGAGACGAUGUGUCGUUGAAAAGACAAAAAAGAGCAUGUUGUUGGCUGUUUUUAAAAGAAAAGAAAAAAAAGAACUUGGAAAUGUUUUUAAAAG